UGGCGAUCCAAUGCUUCCCUCUCCUGAAGAAGCUGAGCGUCAAGCUGACUGACUGCAGGGCGUGGCUGGAGGGGCGGGACUUCCUGUCUCUGGAUGACCAUCCUGAGCUGCGGCCGUGGCGCGCCACCAACAGCGGCAGGAGGAUGGCGUACUGCCCCAUGUGCCAGCGGGGCUUCUACAAGCUGGCUCACCUGGAGGCCCACCUGGACCCACCGGGGCCAGAACCCCAACCAGUGCUGGGAGUGUGGGAAGACCUACCCGACCCUGAUGAGCCUGGUGCUGCACCAGCAGGUCCACGGCCGCAGCGAGCCCUACCGCUGCUCCUACUGCGACCGCACCUUCGCCCUGAAGCGGGACUGGAAGACUCACCACCGGACCCACUCCGGGAUCAAGCCCUUCAAGUGCUGGUUCUGUGGGGACGGCUUUGGCCAGCAGAACCAGCUGGACGAGCACCUGGAGGCCCACCAGGGGGAGCGGUCCUACCACUGUGACAUCUGCGACAAGAUGUUCGUCUCCUACCAGGGCUUCAAUUUCCACCGCCGGGCGCACAAGACCUCCAAGCGCCUGCCAUGCCUCAAGUGCUCCAAGACUUUCAGCAACCCUCAGAGCCUGAAGGUCCACCAGGCCACCCACUCCAGCAGGAAGCCGCACACCUGCCCCACCUGCGGGAAAGGCUUCAAGCUGCUGGGUGGCCUGCGCAGCCACCAGCGCGUCCACCAGGAGCUGAGGGAGUACCGCUGCUCCGAAUGCAGCAAGUGCUUCUCCAGCCUGCAGGGCCUGAAGCUGCACGACCGCACGCACACGGGCCUCAAGCCGUACGGCUGCGCCGCGUGCGGCAAGAGGUUCACGCAGGCGCCGCACCUCAAGGCCCACAUGGUCACCACACCGGCGAGCGGCCCUUCCUCUGCACCACCUGCGGCAAGAGGUUCACCCAGUCGUCCACCUGAACUCUCACAUCAAGCUGUUCCACCUGGGCGAGAAGCCGUUCAGCUGCGCCGACUGCGGCAAGAGCUUCACCAUCGCUCACUAUCUGAAGAUGCACCGGCUCAGCCACACUAAAGAGAAGCUCUACCAGUGCUCCUACUGCGACAAGGCCUUCUCCUACCACAACUCCUGGAGGGCCCACGAGAGGAUUCACACCGGCGAGCGCCCCUUCGGCUGCCGCGACUGCGGCCGGACCUUCAUCACAUCCGGCUCACUGCUGACCCACCAGCGCGCCGCGCACACCGGCGAAGAACCACUACUGCAUCACCUGUGGCGAGUUCUUCUUCACCAGCUCCCUGCUGCGCGUGCACCAGCUGGACCACACCGGCGAGCGCCCGCAUGUCUGCAGCUGCGGCAAGACCUUCAAGACCAAAGGAGUCCUGAGGUUCCACCUGAAGAGGUUCACGGACCACCGGCCGGCCCAGUGAGCCGGUUCUGGGCCAAGAGCACAGCUGGUUCUGCUGAGCAGAACUCCAGGAAGGUCAGCACACUGUAGCAGUCCUCAGCUGGACAAACUGGACCAACCCGGGACCAACCUGGGUCCAACUGGACUGAACCAGGCAGAAUAAAGAGUCGGAGUGGUUCCUCUUCAGCUCGGAGAUUGCCUUUAUUCCUGGUUCUGCAGAUGUAACAGGACCGGAUCAGAACCAGGAAUCUGGCCACUGGACCAGUAUUUGCUGCUACCAUUAAAAAGUCUUGAAUGUUUGGACCCAGUUCUGUUCUGGAUCCAUGACCUCACUGCAGUUCUGUCUUCCAGAGAGACAGCUGAAGGUCAGAGGUCAUAGGUCUGAUCAGCUGAGCCUGAUGUGGUUUAUUUUGGACCUGUGGUUCAGACCAGUAGCACCGUGUUUGGUUCUGGACCGCAGGUUGAACCCGCUCCAUGUCUGACCUUCACUGCUGACUGAGACAGAACCGGGUCGGUCAGAGUUACUUCUUCAUGCUGAAAGCAUUCAAACCAGGAUGGGUUUUGCCUGGUUCUGACCCGGUUAACGAAUCUACACCCUGAACAGUUCAGAACCAAAAAAAAACUACUUCAACCUCCUAGCUCUGGUUCGCUUCUUCU